UACCCCUCCAUCACUGCCCUAUAAAAGUCUGCCCCUGCCUCUCCCUCUACCCGCUGUCUGCUGCCCUCCCUCAACCCCUCGGCUCCACUCCUCUCUGCUGCGCCACACUGCUUGGACUCUUCACCAUGAGUGACCUGGAGAAUGCAAUGGCAACCAUCAUCGAAGUUUUCCAUAAGUACUCGGAGAAGGAGGGGGACAAGCACAAGCUGAAGAAAAGUGAGCUGAAAGACCUGAUCAGCAACGAGUUCCCGUCCUUCUCAGAGCAAGUGAAGGACCAGGCCACCUUGGACAGUCUCAUGGAGAGUUUGGACGCGGACGGAGACUCCGAGUGCGACUUCCAGGAGUUUAUGACUUUCAUCACCAUGGUUACUGUCUGUUGCCAUGAGUUCUUUGAGCUGCACGAAGAUGAAUAAGGGUGACCUGGGAGAACACAGCGAAGAUAGAACUCAAAGGGAAUAGUUUUACGUGAGACAGAACAUGUAAUGUACGGCUUUCUUCUUCUCUCAUUUCAACUUUGUCUGCAUUAUACUGUUUCUCUAAAGCAACAUGCUCUGGUUCCUAGUAUUUUGCUUAGUUCAUUCUAGAUGUAGAUGAAUUUGAGGUUUUUUGGUCCCUUAAUUUAUGAGUGUUUUUUUGAUUGUUUGUUCAUCAUGACAAUGAAAUGACCUUAAAAACUGCUUCUUCAAUCUAAGUUACAGCCCACCAUCUUGUGACCAUUCUCACAUCCUGUGCAAAUUCUCCACUGUGCACGUACAAGAAAUUUGUAUUGUAUUGUUCGCUCCCAGUCAGUUUGGCUGACUGAAAUGUACAUUUCUAUAAGAACGCGUUUCAUUUGUCGUCGCCUUCAAUUGGUUAUUUCAUUUUCAGUUUGUCACCUACACAACAAACGGAUGGCCGUAAAAGAGUCUACAAUAUUCAUCCCCAUUACAUCACACACACACACGCACACACACACACACACACACACACACACACACACACACACACACACACACACACACACACACACACAGUAUUAAUCCCCAUUACCGACACAAGUCUGAGCAUGGUGGGCUGGGACAGCCAAAGUUUUCAUUCUGAUGGUGAAGUCGGUCGCACUUUACUCCAAUGGUCUCCUAUAGACAUUUACAGAUGCUCCAACUUUUAAACAAACUAUGUGUUGGGUUGGGUUUGGUUAAGGUGAAGUUCAACAAUUGUUCAACAAGAUGUUUUGUUGCGUCCGAGUAUCUGUUAAGACUCUGUAGGCGGGCUGUACAAGUAAAGUGUUACUGUGAAGUCUGUGCUGCACUGAAUGUAUGUAGAAAUCCAUUCUGUUACGGAAAAACUGUCUGACAUUGAGGGUAUGACAUCAUCACUCCUAGCCACAUUUGAUUCCGUUUUGACACCUUUAAGAAGCCAUAUUGUCCAACAUGUCACAUUUCUGAUUAAAACAACAACAACAAGAUGACUACUUCAACCUGUACAUAAAUAAAACCUAAAAAAAAAGUUUUUCACAUACAAAUUUUCAAAGGCAAUUAUAGCUCAUACAUUUAACCAAAUGUGUAGCAGAGAAAAAAAUCAGUG